AUGUCAUUCAAAUAUUUAAAUAAUGAAUAUAUCAACAUAUUAGCCAAUUUUCAUCAAGAACAGUCAACAAAAUCGACUCUCGUUUAUUUGUCAUUGUCUAUUGAUGUAGCUCGUGAACUAACUCAUGUUCAUCUCGAGCGAUUUCUUGCUCCAUUACAGUGUUUACGACGACUGGAACUGGUUAUUGCCUCUGAUGCAGAACGUCAAUUUCUCGAUGCUGGUCAAUGGGAAAAUUUUAUUACUGAAUAUUUGCCACGACUCAUAACGUUUGAAUUUAAAUUUUCUUCUGAGUGGCGCAUUGGUCAAUAUAAACUUGAUCAGUUUCGUUCUCCAUUUUGGCUCGAUAAACGCUGGUUUAUUGCUUAUGAUUCAAGUCGAUCGUGUCUCUUUACUGUACCUUACUUUGUUCCAACUUCGAUUAAGCAUUCCUUUGUUCCAGUGUCAACGAAUCUUACAACAUUACCUAUUGAACAACAUAUGGUUUUUUACGACCGUGUUACUGAACUAAGGCUUCAAGAGCAUCUACGAUCUUUACCUUAUCGUUAUAAUCAUGUUAAGACACUUAUUAUCGACACAUCUUGUACGUACCAGAAUAUCAUCGACCUAUCUAAAGUACAAUCAUUAACUGUAGAUAUUUCUACUCUCCCACUCUCGAGCCUGAUGACUGUGAUUAAACGAUCAAUGCCUUGUGUUAAUUAUCUUAGUCUGAAUGGUUCCUAUUGGGAAUUGAGUUCUAUGUAUUUUACUGGUAUUUCUCUGGAACAAGUUCGAGUAUUGUGUUUAUCUCGAUAUGCAGAUUAUCAAGGUGAUAAUACAGACAAGUGGUCUCGACUUUUUCCACGCGUAGAACGAUUGAUUGUUUCAAUUGUUUCGAAAAGUCAAAGUCCAUUAUUAAUUGAUCAAUUCAAGAACAUGGUGAGUGGUUUCUUUUACAUUGAUCCACCUGACAUUGAGCCACAUAACAAUGAUCCAUUGUACGUUGAUCUAUCUUACAUUGAUCAAAUUCAUAUUGAUGCCUACAAUCAAAUUCAAGUGACACAUGAAUGGUUAAUGGAACAUGUGAAUCGUUUUAGGCAAAGCAAUAUGGAUAAUUUUACUUAUCAGAUCAAUGAAGGGGAUCGCCUUUCAUUGAGUUUAUGGAUUGGUGAAGAUGAUAACGUAUGUAGAUAA